AUGGAUGAAAAUGUAUCUUAUCAAUUUGCACCGGUGCGACAGCGUAGGGAAGAUAGGCAGGAUAUUCAAUACGAACUAAUCCUUCGUCAACAACCAAAGCAAUCAAGGAUGUGUGGUAUCGGUGAAAAAGCUGACAGACGUCCGAUAGAUCCACCUCCAAUAGUCCAAUUAAAAGUUCAUGACCCUUCCUUGCCACAAGCCGAAAAAAGUUCAUUCCUUCAGAAUCCUUAUUUUUUCAUGUAUGCAUCUUUAAUGGCUCCCGAUACAAAUGAAGAAUUACAUUUACUCCGAGAUGGCAAGACUCGGUCUACGACCGGUUCCGUUGUUUCCUCCUUAUACCAUCUUAAAGAUAUUGAUAACUCGGAUGCCGGAUUUUUCGUAUUUCCUGAUUUAUCUGUACGCAUGGAAGGAACAUAUCGUUUAAAGCUAAGUCUUUUUGAAAUAAUUGACCGUGAAGUAUAUCACUGUAAAUCAUUAUUUUCCGAAAUAUUUAUUGUAUAUUCAGCAAAAAGAUUUCCGGGAAUGGAAGCUAAAAGAAAAGAAUUAGAACCAAUAGAGAGUGCUGAUGCAAAUAGGAUGAAACGAGCGCGUGGUGAUGACAGAUUCGAUAAUGAUAGUCAUGAAUCUUCUGAUUUAGAAAUAAUAGAUCGUACUCAACCUACGGAUGAAAUACGUUCUAAGAGGACUCCUGAUUUAACUGAAAGACGAAAAGAUCAUUCAAGCAAAAGUCCAUCAUCAUCUUACAUCCGGAGUCCAUAUGAUCAUAUACCUCAUAUGAGUCCUUAUGAUCACAAUACACCUUUGUAUGGACCUGGAUAUCCACCACAUCGACCUAUUUCAUGGCACGACCGUCCAGAGUAUAUGAGUGAUCCACAUUACCCCCCUUAUUAUGACCUAUAUGACAGAAGAUAUGGUUAUCAUCCUUAUUAUUACCCUCCACCGUUACCUGAUGGUGCGGAUCAUCAUCGUUAUCCGUAUCCUCCUCCACCAACCUAUGGCCGGCCACCAAUUUAUCCAAGUCAGCCUGGAUAUUAUGAUGCACCACCAAGGAUACCUCAUUCCUCAAGUGAAUCUUCGGGUACCUCUAGGCCUUACGGAUAUGGAAUAUCAAACCCUUACCCCCCACCGCGUCCAUGGUCACAUUAUGGUGAACGUCCUUCUCCAAGAGAUCAUAAUUCUGAAUCUUCGUCUUCAUCCCCAUAUCGGAAUGGUCCACUUCCUAUACCUCCACGUCAUUCAAUGUAUUCAUAUCCUGAAUAUUAUCAUACAUAUCCACCUCCACCACCGAAACAGGAUUACGGUCAAAAUGAUCCUGUUUCAAAUCAAACUGGCCCUGCUAAAAUUCCUAUCCAAGAUCUUUUAUUUUCAGAACAGCAACAAUUACAACCAAAUACUGAACGUGCUGCCGGCGGUGUUCCCCCUCCUCGUACAUACGGCGCUCCGCCAUCUGCCUUUGCUCAUCUUUAUCCUCAUCCUGGUCGUCCUCAUGAAUACCCAUCUCGACAUGAUAUGUAUAAUCAUUCUCGAUAUUCACACGAUGUUGGAUAUCCACCUCAUGAAAGUUUGCCACAUUACGGUCAAAAUGUUACUUCUCACUCACCAAGUCUUGCAAGUGCAAAGGCUAUACAACCACCUACAACAUUGCAGUCUCAAGAUUCUACACAUCCUACACAUCCUACACAUUCUUCAACAAAUUCAGUAUCAACGAUCCCACCAAUCUCUUCAAGAUCUGAUGUUUCUAUGCAUGGAAGUCGAAGCACGGAAUACACCCACUAUGAUCAUGCACGUCGAUCAUACUCCAGUGAGCAAUCAUCUGAUGGCAAUUCUGGAGCAGUAACGCCUUCCAGCACAUCACCCCGGCAGUCUUCAGCUUACAACGGUGGACCCAUGAUUCCGACAGCAUCGCGUUCUACAACAUCACUAGUAUCGCUACCUUCGUUGACUCCUUUAAGCAUUGCCGACCGUACUGAUCAAUAUGCAAGUAGUUCCUCCAGUGGUGGUCCAAAUCAUUCGUCAUAUCAAAAUUCCCCAAAUAUUAUUUCGCAGCAAAAAUCAUCCCAAAGAUCACAACAUUCAUCAUAUGAACUACCUUAUUCUCAAACUUCACCAUCAGACAGAAUGUCAUUUUCUUCCACUGCUACUACAAAUCAAGAUAUA